GAUCCUAAAAAGAAAAUGUUUCCCUUUGAAUUGAAGCUAAGAAUAUGGAGUUGGUCAUUUCACACCACUGCUUAUGAAUCCCAACUUGGAUCCACCACUACCUCUGCCGCUGCCUCCUCCUGCUUCCACUCCCUGCGCCCGCCAUCCUCAAGAGCGUUUCACCGUCUUCUGUACCUCAUGCCUUUACGAACGUCUCACUCUUCUCGACCCUUCUUCUUCUUCUUCUUCUCGGAAACCUCCCCUUGUUGCCGCUACUUCCACCACCACCGCUGCCCUUAAAUCCAUUUUCAAACCUUCUGGAGGAAGCGCUUCCUCCGAGCUCCGGAGAACAAAGUCCUUUUCGGCAUCAAAAAGUGACGGUCUUCCUGGAUGUUUUGAGCCUCAGAGGAAAUCUUGGUCACUCUUUUCUCAAGAUUACGAGAGAAAUCCACAUAAAAAAACAGCAGCAGGAAAUUUGGGUUCAUCUUCAAGUGUUGUUCAAGGCCCUGUUUUUGAAACCAACGAAGAAGAUCAAACCGAGAGGGAAACCAAUCAUGAGAACGAUAUAGAGUUCAUAGAAGAACGAAGACCCGAUUUGGGUGUCGAUACAGGGAGUAUAAUCGAAGAGAAAGUUGAAGAAAUCGAGGUGAAGUCCAUGAAGGAUCAUAUAGAUCACGAUUCGCAAACAAAGAAGAAGAGUACCGGAAGCAUCUGGUCGGCCGCUUCAGUUUUCAACAAGAAACUGCAACAAUGGAGGCAAAAACAGAAGCUCAAAAAGAUGAAAAACGGAGGUGGGUCGGUUAGAUUGCCAAUGGGAAACUCUUUAGGGAGAAGAUCUUGUGAUAUAGAUCCGAGGCUUUCAUUUGAUGAUCCAAGGUAUUCAGUCGAUGAACCAAGAACUUCAUGGGAUGGGUAUUUGAUUGGAAGAACAACAUUCCCAAGGAUCCCAGCAAUGGUUUCUCUUAUGGAAGAUGCUCCAGUUCAUCGCGUUAUAAGGUCUGAUACACAAAUCCCUGUCGAGGAUCCUUUAGCAAUGGAUACCAUUAAUGGUGAAUCUCUCCCCGGAGGGUCAGCUCAAACAAGGGAUUAUUAUUCUGAUUCCAGGAGAAGAAAGAGUCUCGACAGGUCCCGUUCUAUAAGGCAAACUGCAGCAGCUGUAGUAGCUGAGAUGGACGACGUGAAAUCCAUUUCCACUGCAAAGGUUUCCCCUGCUCUUAAUGAUUGCAGGGACUGGAACUCGAAUUCCAACUCUGAGAGUUUAGGGAUGAGCUUUACAGACAAUGCGUCUAUGAUCGGCAACGGGGAACGCAAAGGGUCGUCUAAGAAAUCUAGGAAAUGGAGUAAAGCUUGGAACAUUUUCGGGUUUAUUCACAGGAGUGGUAACAAAGAUCAUGAGGAUGAAGAAGAUAAGUAUAGUAGAGCUAGUGCUGUCGAGAGAUCGUAUUCGUAUUCCGAAUCUUGGUCCGAGUUGAGAGGAGGUUUUAAUCCAAAGCUUGCAAGGAGCAAUAGCUGCGUAAGUUGGCGGAGUUCGAGAGAUUUCGGUGGUGCAAGAAAGAACAGUGUCGAGUCAAAUGGACGGUUAAGUUUGGACUGGACACCGAUGAGUGGCAGAGGGGGCAGCCGGAGAUGCGGGUCGGGAAAAAGCAAGGUAAACCAUGCACAUGCUAUUUCAAGGUUGUACUGAAUUUGAGAUGGUGUUUCUUUUGGGUUUUAUGGAAUAUGUUAUACACAGGACAUUAUUCAUCUUUGGUCUCAUGUUAGCUUGGGAUUAU